ACAAGCGCUAAUUCACGAACCUUCUCUCAGCUGCAGUCCACGAAUUAGUUACUUUUAUUAUCGAGAGAUGGAUAUUCAAAGAAAAGCGUUAGCUUUUGGCAAUUAUUAUUUUUGUAUUUUUCACCACUGACUGUUUUUAUCCGUUCAGCAUUUCCGGUUCAACUCGAAAAGAGAGAACAACUUUGUACAGCCAUGGCGGAGGAACGACGGCAGAAGCAGUGCUCAGUCACCCUGCCCACAGAGUCCAUGAAGGCCAUGGCCGAGUCAGUGGGUGUGGGUCAGUUACAGGAGGAGAGCUGCCUGGCCCUGAGUGAAGAGGUCAGCUACAGGAUAAAAGAAAUAGCACAGGAUGCUCUCAAAUUUAUGCAUCAUGGGAAACGGCGUAAACUUACUACCAGUGAUAUAGACAAUGCUCUCAAACUAAAGAAUGUAGAGCCACUGUAUGGAUUCCAGUCGCAAGAAUUUAUACCUUUCCGCUUCGCUAGCGGUGGUGGAAGAGAGCUUCACUUUUAUGAAGAGAAGGAAGUCGACCUUAGUGACAUCAUAAACACUCCACUUCCCAGAGUUCCAUUAGACGUGUCCCUUAAAGCUCAUUGGUUAAGCAUUGAGGGCGUGAUGCCCUCUAUUCCAGAAAACCCACCGCCAGCUACAAAAGAGCAGCAAAAGACUGAAUCUACGGAGCCGCUUAAAGUGGUCAAACCAGGACAAGAAGAAGAAGAUAGCAUUCAAGGCAAGGGUCAGGGAGGAAACGCUAAUGAGGGCAAAGGAAAAGAGAAGGGUCUUAUACGGCUGAAGCCUCGCAGUACUCACGAACUCUCUGUGGAACAGCAGCUCUACUACAAGGAGAUCACGGAAGCAUGUGUUGGUUCAUGUGAAGCUAAAAGAGCUGAAGCUCUGCAGAGCAUUGCCACCGAUCCUGGACUGUAUCAGAUGCUUCCAAGAUUCAGCACGUUUAUUUCUGAAGGAGUCCGUGUCAAUGUGGUCCAGAACAACCUGGCUCUGCUCAUUUACCUCAUGCGGAUGGUGAAAGCUCUGAUGGACAAUCCAACUCUGUACUUGGAGAAAUACCUGCACGAACUCAUCCCAGCCGUGGUCACCUGUAUCGUGAGUAAGCAGCUGUGUUUGCGGCCGGACGUCGACAACCACUGGGCUCUGCGUGAUUUUGCCGCUCGCCUCAUGGCUCAAAGCUGCAAAACGUUCAGCACCACGACAAACAACAUCCAGUCACGGAUCACCAAGACUUUCACCAAGAGUUGGUUGGAUGAGAAAACCCAGUGGACGACACGGUACGGCUGCAUCGCUGGACUUUCAGAACUGGGACCUGAUGUGAUAAAGACGUUGAUUCUUCCUCGGCUUGCUGUAGAGGGCGCUCGCAUCAAAGCAGUGAUGGAAGGACCAGUGGUGUCCAAUAUUGACAAGAUCGGAGCCGAUCAUGUCCAAAGCCUCUUACUGAAACACUGUGCCAGUGUCAUAGCCAAGAUCCGACCGCAGCCUGACCUGGUGGAGCAGUUCCGGACAGACUACGGUUACCUUGGACCCAUGCUGUGUUCCCAUGUCGUGAAAGCCAGGACUCAGGCGGCCCUGCAGGCUCAGCAGGUCAACAGAACCACGCUGACAAUCACUCAGCCUCGUCCCUCGCUCUCCGUCUCACAGAGUGGACUGAGUGGCUCCACGGGGCCUCGAACUCCCAGCAUCAUCAAGGUUCCCAGCUCCCUCACCCUGAUGUCCCCCAGACCAGGGACUCCAUCACAACCGUCUCCACCUGCUACAAAGUACAUCGUCAUGGCAACCAGCGCAGGAGCAGCCUCAACUCAACAGGUCAUCACCCUCAGCACUUCCCAGUCAGCGUCCACCGUGACCAGCACGGUUCCCAGCGCCUCGUCCACCUUACAGCCUUUGGUAAAACUGGAGUCCAGCGGUGGCCCUGGACUGACGGGGUCACGACCUAUGCAGAAAUACAUUGUCGUUUCCCUGCCUUCGUCUGCCUCUUCUUCUCUGGAGGCCAAGAGCUCAGUGUUGACAACGUCCAUUUCCUCCAGCCAACUGGACGCAGGCAUGAAGAUGGAGCGGUCCGAGUCUCCGGGAGCGAGCACGCAGUCGCCUCACUGAGGCCGUUGGAGGGAGUGCAGGUGUUUUUAACCAUGUUGGUGCUGAUGGACUCUCAAAGCGGUUUGUUGGGCUGGAUUUACUCUGCACAGGAACCACCUCUGAACUGGUGCAGAACUUUGUAAAUACGUUGGUGCCCAACAGGAACUGAAGUCAGUCUGUGAGACCUGCGAUGUUCCAGCUUAUUAUUCUGAAUGAUUUCAUGUUCCUUUUUUACUCUAAAAUAAAUAAGGUUUUGUAAGAUUUCCUCUGAUUUUUAUCUUUGUGUUAACAUUGAAUAAAUAUUGUUCUUAAAAUAGAGAUUAUUAACACAUU